GGGGCCUAUCGGCGGUGCCGGUACCGAAGCGGAGCGAAGCGGAGCGGCCCCGGCGAUGGCAGCGGCCGCCCGGCGGAACCCCGGACUCGUCCCCGGCCCUGUCUCUGUCCCCGGCCCGGAGAAGCGGAUCCUGUGCGUGGGGCUGGUGUGCUUGGACAUCAUUAGCGUGGUGGAGGCAUAUCCUGCCGAGGACUCCGACACCAGGUGUGUGUCGCAGCGAUGGCAGCGGGGCGGGAAUGCCUCCAACUCCUGCACGGUGCUGGCGCUGCUGGGAGCCCCCUGUGCCUUCAUGGGCUCACUGGCCACCGGGCACGCUGCUGAUUUCAUUGUGGCGGAUUUCCGGCGCCGGGGCGUGGAUGUGACACACGUGGCGUGGCAGCCCCGCGGGGACAUGCCCUGUGCCUGCUGCGUUGUCAGCGCCGCCAGCGGCACCCGGACCAUCGUGCUCUACGACACGAAUCUGCCCGACGUAACAGCCCUCGACUUUGAGCGGGUCGACCUCUCCCAGUACAAGUGGAUCCACUGGGAGGCCCGUAACGCGGCGGAGCAGGCAGUGAUGAUGCAGCGGGUGGAGCGGCACAACCGGACUCGGCCACCGGAGGAGCGGGUCCGCACCUCGGUGGAGCUGGAGAAGCCGCGGGAGGAGCAUUUGCCGCUGAUGGGGCUGGGCGACGUGGUGUUCAUCAGCAAGGACUUGGCCCAGCACUUUGGGUACCGGUCGGCCCCCGAGGCGCUGCGGGGGCUGCGCAGCCGCGUCCAGCCAGGCGCCAUACUGAUCUGCGCCUGGGCCGAGGAGGGGGCCGACGCCAUAGGGCCGGGUGGGGAGCUGGUGCACUCGGAUGCCUUCCCCCCAGAGACCCUCGUGGACACGCUGGGUGCCGGGGACACCUUCAACGCUGCUGUCAUCUUUGCGCUCUCGGCAGGGAAGACCCUGCAGGAUGCCAUUACCUUCGGCUGCCGCAUCGCAGGCAGGAAAUGUGGGAUCCAGGGCUUCGAUGGCAUCGUUUAAGCCAAGCACCCAUUCCUGUGCCCUGCCCCAUGCAACUCCCCACACACCCGGCACCCUCAACCCCACUGCCAAUAAACCCCCACAGUGCCCCAUGGCCGUCUCCUGCAUUGAC